AUGAGGCAGGAAAAAGUAGGAGAAGACGCUGAUGUGAAGGAAAUUCAGGUGGAGACCUUCGAAAUUCGCAGUUCGUCGCCGCAGCCAGCCCCGAAGUCACGGACGCCUCCUCCUCCUCCUCCGCCGCCGCCAACUCCUCCACCAGCUGCUGCUCGGCCUAAAUCUAGGCGAACUUAUCAGAGGGUACCGCGCAAGGAAAAGCUGAAAAAUGUGAAAGUCGAUUAUAAUGAGAUCACAAGGAAUCGCUCUCCGCCACGGCCGCCCCCUUCCCCGCCCCCGCCGCCGGCGCCGUCGGUCCAAACACAAGGGGAGCUUAAAUAUGGCAGGAACCAACGGAGGAAGAGUAAUGUCAAGAGGGAAAUAGCAAUGGCGUGGGCUUCACUAUCCGAUCAGAAAAAGAGGAAGAGAAAGCAGAGAACAACAAAGGUCGAUUAUAUUUACAAUGAAGAUGACGUCAAUGAGAGACAGCCGCCGCCGCCGCCGCCUCCUCCUCCUCCUCCUCCUCCGCCGUCAGUCUUCCACACUUGGUUCAAGAAGGGAGGAGGCAAGAACAAGAAAAUUCACUCAGUCUCAACGCCUCCACCUCCGGCUCCCCCACCUCCACCGCCAUUGACAUCUUCGAAGCGAUGGUCAUUCCGAAAGCCCAAGAUCCCACCUCCACCACCACCGCCUCCUCCUCCAGCAACUGAACCCCUCCGACGCAGGAACUCCGGUAGGCCGCCAUUGCCCACGAGAACAACGACUCUGAACAACGAGACAUUAUUAAACUUCGGCAAUCAAUCACCUCUGAUCCCAAUUCCCCCGCCGCCGCCGCCGCCGUUCAAGAUUCCGGAGAUGAAGUUCACGGUUCGUGGAGAUUUCGUGAAGAUACGCAGCACUAACAGCUCGCGGUGCGGUUCACCGGAACCCGAAGAAAACCCAAAUGACCCGAAAUCCAAGGACGACCCGCCUGAAGUGGACCUGGGUGGGUCCGUUUCGUGUCCGAGCCCCGAUGUGAACGUGAAAGCCGCGACUUUCAUUGCGAGGCUGAGAGGGGAAUGGAAGCUGGAGAAGAUCAACUCAAUGAAGGAGAAGCAGAAUUUGGGCCUUUACGGCCCUGGACCAGGCCCAAUCAGAGGGCCAAGCUCAAGUUGGCAUUGA